CACUAGCUACUCGUGAUUUAUGUGCCUCACACAGGCAGUGUUGCAAAGAUAAAGAAGUACGAAUGAUAGAUAAUAUUGCUUCGGAGUGUAACUUCCUUCGCAUCGAAAGGAACUUCCCGUCCGGAAGAAACCAUCAACUAACAACCACGUCCGGUAGGACCGGAUUCAAAAGCUAUCAGAAAUUGGAAUGCCGAUCGCUGUUUCUUAAAAAAAUAUCAUUUUGCCGCCAGCUGCAAUCGAGACACGGACUGCAGAGUAUCAAUUGAGGCUAAGCGAAAGAAAGCAUAGAUCUAACGCAACGUUCCAAACGCUCGAAAAAUACUUGCCAAACUGAACGCAACGCAACCUACCACAACGUACCACAAUGUACAACAGCGGACGCAUCGACGCCAGUGACCACGGCAGAUUGAACGAUUCGAUGAGCUCGAUAGGGACCACAUCUUCGAUUCGACGCCGAGCCAGCACGAACUCGAUUCCGGGCGGGGCCAUGGACCUCUACUAUGGGCAUUUUUCCCUCGCGGAUUUUCAGGACGGAAAGCGGUUUUCUGCAGAUGAUCACACGACGAUUCUGCGGGACACGCAAACCGCCAUGCAAAACAUUUCGAGCAGGCUGCUCCUCGGAGGAACGAGCUCGCGCCCCACGGCGGCAGUACAAGACAGCAAAAAGAAUGUUAACAAGAGCAAUAACGAGUCCGCUGCCAUGGACCGAGUGCGGCUUGGGGUCGGCCUCUACCGGAAUUUUCCACUCGCACGCCAGGCCCUACAAAAUUCUCAAAACCGGCAGGCUGCCUUGAAGAAGGGUGGCCACAAGCAAAUGAACCACGUGAGGGGGACCGACGGAUGGUGGAGGACCCUGCUGACAAUCGAGGAUCGUGCGCUUGACAAUAUCCUAGGGCCAUGGCUUGUUGUGUGCUGUAACGCCAUCUUGGCCUGCUUGUUGGUCGAAGUAUGGGACAUCCAGUUGCCCGUAGAGGCGCUGGAGCAAUGGGACACGAUUUACGCACUGGUCCUUAAAACCAGCCUCGCCUUUUUGCUGGUCUUUCGGUUGAACCGGUGUGCGAUGCGCUUUUGGGAGGCCCGGGGAUAUUGGGGCAACAUGAACCAUCAGACCCGAAACCUAGUAGGAACCCUCCUGAUGUACGGUACCCACUCCCCGAACAACAGGGACGCUGCCAUUCAGUGGGGGUCCGCGCUGUGCAUUUCCGCCAAAAACUUCAUCCGGAGCGAACGCCACUACGAACCAAACGAGCUGGCCGGCUUCUUGACUCGGCACCAGACCAAGCGGCUGAGCGAGGCAAACCACGGGCCGCUCUAUGCAGCAUCCAUGUGCCGGCACUACAUCGAGAAGAUAUUUCGGGUGGAUGCCGAUACGCCUCCUGGGCUGGCCCAUGCAUACACCGUCCGAAUGCAGGAGUGCGAAUCGUACGUCGCCGGGAUGAUCGAAUCGGUCUCGGGGAUGGAAAAGAUCCGGUCGACGCCGCUGCCGAUUGCCUACGUAGCCCACCUCCGGAUCUUCCUGAUUGCCUACACCUUCAUCUUGCCGUACGUCUGGGUCAAUGAGUGGUCCUGGGCGACCAUCCCGCUGACGGCCGUGACGGCCUUUGCCCUGCUGGGGAUCGAGGGGGCCUCGUCCGAGGUAGAGAUCCCCUUUUCCAAGAAUCGGACCAACCACCUCGCGCUGGAUGCCUAUUGCUUGGUUAUCCUCGAGUCAGUGACGUGCCUAGUGGUCCAGGAUGCCAACCUGCACGUGCAGGGUCGAAAAGGUAAGGGGAGCGUCGACAAAUUCAAGAUGUUCCGGGCAACGGAGGAAAUCGAUGAGGCGAGCUACGAGUCAUCAUCUAGCGAAGAAGAAGACGACGACGACGACAAUGAGAUAAAGGUGUAACAUAAAGAGAGACGUACCUA